UACCACCAGAAAGAAACAACAAACUCAGCGGAGAAACCGCGAAAAUCCGUUCAAAAACAAAUUUUGAAGAAAAUUCCAUCAGCAUCUGAUUUUCGUUGUGAUAAAGGUGUUAGGAAAUUAAAUUUACUGUUCGUUAUCAGCGUAUUUAUCUCCUCCGAAUAGAACCGUGAAAUAAUAACGAAAGUUUUGCUGCGUUCUGUGCACGGUCAUCUGAAACAAUGGAACCAAUGGCGCUCGGUAGUCCAAGUGGGAGUCCUUUGCCGUCAACUAGCAACUAUUUACCAUCGUUCCUAAUGGGGGACACUCCUACCACCCCGAGAGCCAAUACUCUGUCACCGACCAAGGGCAGAACUUCGCUUGCCUUUGCACAGUCUCCUGUUGGGGGAAGUUCGUUAGCUGGACAGUCCAUGGACUACAGCCACGGUGGCCGUUCUGCAGGGAUGUCGCAGAAGUUUUCCCUAGGGGGACCCAACUUGAACCAGUCACACAACGUCAAUCAUAACACAAGUGUUGCCGGUCCACCUACGCAGGGACUCUUCGAUUCAUUUCGGAACGAGAAGCAACUGUUCCAGACGCCAAACAAAAACAUGACAACCGGUGGUCAGGGCGCUGCCCCGUCCACACCGGGAUUCCACCACCAGUCGGUUGGAAAUGAUUCUUCCUACCUCAAUCAGAGCGGGUUCAAUGUUUCGAGGGUGAUGUCACCGAUACCAUUGGCUCGGGAUCAGGAUUUUAUCCGGAACUCACCUGCCAUGAUGUCACAAACGCAAUCCACCGUUCCAGUCGGUUCGGACUAUUGGAUAACAGUGUUCGGGUUUCCCAUAUCGGCAUCUUCGAUGAUUUUGUCACAUUUUAGUCAAUGUGGAUCAAUAAUUGAAAAAGUCUUCGCUACCCAGAAUGGUAAUUGGGUCCAUCUGAGGUUCACAUCCAGACUCGAGUGCGAUAAAGCGCUAAAUUACAACGGUAAGGUCAUCGGCCAGAAUCUGAUGAUUGGGGUGCAGUACUGCAACGAUCCGAGCAUCGUGGGGAAAGAGAACGGUGACGAACGGAAAGAAUAUUCUCUCAGCCGAGUGAGAUCGUUAACCCACAUAGCUUACAAAAAUGCACAGCAUCCGACAGAUGUAGUUCCGAGCCCAACGGCACCAACGCGAAGUUCUGGCCUUGUAAAUAAAGCAAUGGAUAUCAUCUUCGGUUGGUGACAUGUGGCCGAAUAAAUGUAUCACGUCAUAUUCAGCGGAACGCGGAUUGGAUUUGAAUGUAAGUAUAUGUGCAGCAAAAAAUGUGGUUCGGUGUUUCCGGUCGAUAUGUAGUUCAUUUGUUAUGUUCACGCGGCAGAGAUAUUAUGGAUAAAGACGGUUACUGAAUGGUA